AUGACCCGACAUCCCGCCUCUUCGCCCUAUGUCCGCCAUAAGCACCCAGAGCUCCGGCGGCUCUAUGAGCCCCUUUCCUUACUAUACGUGCUGCGAGAGCAAAUCCCAGAGCGGAGGCCGAUUGCAGUAAUUAAUGCUGGUGGAGUGGGAGGAAUCUUACAACGCCGCCGCGAUUUCCUCAAUGCGCUCGUUGAACUAGCAGCGUUUAAGCAGGGAUAUGACUUGGCUAUUACAGCAGGAUACGACCACGAGAACGUGAUCAUCGCCGUCGCGGGAAAUCAGGACGUCAGUGACUUGGUUGUUCCGUUUCUGGAAAGGUUGCUGGGCAUGGUCACCAGUGCUCUCCAUGUGGGCUUAAAUGAUGAAACAUGCAAUAGAGAGCUUUCGAAUAUCUCGAAUUACGUGAUGGAAUGGCAAAAUGACAAUAGCUUCGCAGUAUAUCACUCGAUAUUUGAUCAUAUUGCGCCCAUUUGCAUACCGGUAAUGGCUACUGGGACAAAUGACCCGAAAGGCAUGGCAAUGGUUUCCCUAUGGGAAACCUUUGUCAGCAGCAACGGCAUGGCGCUGCUCAAAACAGAUAUGCCCGCUCUCGUCCACAAUUGUUUUUCAGCGUCCCAGGACGGGAAGUUUGAGAUAUUCCAGCGUUUUGUUUGCCAAAGCCAGCGGUUUGUGGAUAUGUUUGAGGAGUUCCAUCGCCAACUGCUCAACCUGGCUAUGCCUAUGGAAAUGUGUCGCCUGCUUCUCAAGUCGGCGAUAUCCAUACGUCAGGAUCUUCAUAGGGAAAUUAAGGUCUACCACGUACCUCCUGAAGAGCGCAUGAAGAUCCCUCUAGUCAGAAAGAAGCUGAAUCUUGAUGAGAUUGCCAAUCGGAUGUUUUCAGAAAGGCAACGCUUCAAGCAGCUCCGUCAAGGGUUGGAGCGAGUCGUGCCGGCGCCUAGCAGGCUCAUUGAACAGCUUAAAGACUAUCAAGAAAAUGUUUAUACCCAAAUUCAUCCGGAGCUUCGCCUUGUGGACUUUUUCGAUAAGAAUAGUCGGGUGCAAUAUUUCGACAAUUAUGAUAGAUAUAUUGCAACUAGCAAGCCCUGUUGCUACCUGUGCAACCAAUAUCUAUCGCAUCGCCUCAAUUACCAUAUCCGAAAAUGCGAUCCCAACCACCUUGACCUCCACUGGCGCUUGCCAGACAUCCGAGCUGUCGAACCCAGCACACGUUUUAUCGAACAGAAGGAGAUACUGCGCAAAAUAACGGAACGCAUUCGCAGAGAUGUGGAGAAGUUUGUGUUGGAUCGUUGCUCCGAGAGCAAUGAUUCAUCAGACGAUGAUACAUCACAGUCAUUUAGCCUCUCCACUGAGACAACCACGACAUGGGAGGAAGCAUCCUAUGCCGAAGCUAAUGAAUGUUCCCAUUCGUACAUAUUUCCUUCGGGCACCGAAGGUGACAAACAUCCUGGCCCUGGGCGAUGUGACGGAAUGGAAAAUGAAGAUGAUAAAGACACUGUUGUUUUCAAAGGACGGAAGGCCGCACUUUCCAUUCCCUGA